GUUUACAGUUUCCCUGAGUUUUUCAUAUUUGAUUCCAGGAAAUGGGUAAUUGGGCAUGGCCAUCCACUCUCAAGUUCAACUAUAUUAAAUUCAGAAACGCAAGUUUUUAUCCUUCUUAUAACUGAAGCCAAAAUCAAACAAUAUUUUAAGGGAAAAUUUAAAAUGAGUUAACUAGUUAAAUGAAUUUUUUAAAAGUAUAUUUUUAUUUUCGGAAAUUUUUCGUACAUCAAGUACCGCUCACCAAAGAAAAUUGAAACGUGAAAAAUGGGAUUCAGUUAUAUUCUCAGAAACUGAUCAAACGCGCGAAGAAACUCUGGGUCGUUGGCCUCUAUAGGUUCGUGCAGAAAAUGACCUCGUGUAUCGUGGGUGGCAGGACGUUCAGGUAUGUAAACUCUCCUCUCUUCAGUUGAUUGAAUGCUAUGAUAGAAGUAAUUGAAGGGUUUCUUGCAAGACGGACAUUCGAGUUUGAUGUGGCACCAAUCGACCAGACAUUGGAAGCAAUAUACGUGACCGCAGUCAGGUAGGGACUUGUUGAUGUGCGGGCCCAAACAGAUUGCGCAUUGGCCGUCGUCGUAGAUCAUUGUGGUUAAUUCGGAACCGGAGAUAUUGUUCGGAUUAUCGUUUGCCAUAUUAAGGAAAGUUUUUUCAAUGUAUGAUGAUUAAUGGGAUUAUAGUUGGGUGAUAUAUAUAGCUUAGAGUCGCAGUAGGACCAUUCGCAAGUAACAUUUCCGCUCUUUAAUUUUACUUUUAAGUUAGAAAGAAAACAGCUACAAAAUUAAAUUUAAUUGAUUCAACUCCGUAAUGUUAUUACUCACAAUGUUCAACAUAUUUUUCUUGGAUAGUAACGACCGCGCUUUUUCAAAAUAAGACGAAAUUCCAUCUUUUGGCCUGCGCCGACAUGGAAAUGGCUAAUGGCGCUCAUUUACUUUUUUAAAAAACUAGUCCCAUUAAUCACUAGACUUUUUCAAAUGAAUUUAGAACGAAAAAAAAAAGCCGUUCGUUGCAUGUUUUAGCUAAUUACUUUUCAGGUCACGGAUAUUACGUUGUCCCAGUCGGUAACUCAUUUAAAAGUUGAUUUCGGUUUAUUAAAUAACAGGAUGUUUAAGCUACACAUCUUUCGAAAUUUCAUGUAAAGUUUGAUUCAUGUGUACAGUAAAGCUCGGUGUGGGGCUAGGUUUGAGAUAUGACCUUCCCGGAAGCCGCUGACAGAACGGAAAGGUCUUAUCGUUUGGCGUGUAUGCUCAGUUGUGACAAAGACGAAGUUAGUCUUUUCUUGAGAAACCGAAAAAAGGAAACCAAAAUUUUUCACAACAACAGCACAAUAACACUGGUCGGCCGACUGUCGCUCACGGCCAGUAAGACAACCUGAUACCCGCCUUAGCCUUAAACUGUUUUUUUUUUUUUUAGAAAAGAUCGCGGGACGUCAAUAGAGAUCUACGGGAAGCGGCCUGGGGUCAUGGGGAAUGUAGACGUUAAUAUUUCGGCAGGCGGUACUUCUAUAUUUGUUUUUCGUUUUCUAUUGGAAAUCUGACUGGUGUCUAUUGCCGCCGACAAUGAAAGCGGUGCGCUAAAGUAGUACAAACCGCAAAAAAAAAGCGGCAUAAAAGUGGCCGUUUUCAUAGACGCCGCACAUGAAUGUGCUCACUUUCUGCUCGAAAAAGGGUCUAGCUGUGUGUAUAGUUCCUGCUGCUCGUAAGAGUCGCAACUCUCCCAAACAGGUUGAGUUACCAGCACGCGUGGGUCAACAGUCUUCGAAGGUGGCUGUUCCCGUGUAGUCACGAAUCUUCUCCUCGCGCCUCAACUGAAUUUUUUGGGUCAAAUGCUAUAAGAUGCGACAGACUUUCUUGCUCUGGGCUUUGUGCUUUUCGUCUUGUCUUCUCUGCGCUGUUGCUCAGGAAUCUAAAUCAACCAUCUCUUUGGAAGCCAGUGGAUACGUGCACAAUGGAUCGACGGUUCACUACGAUGCCGCAGCAGCUCAAUUGGAGUUGCAGCUCAAAAUGGUAAUCCACCCGUUGUCUAGCAAAGGGAAAUCGCAUCAGCGGGGAAACGACUACAGAGUCGAGUUGGCCUUGGUCGACGGUUCCAAGAAGAUGAUGAAUGAUACACAGUUUGCGGCCUGCAAUUUGGCCUUCUCACGAUUCGCUGGCUAUUGCAAGGAACGCCAUAUAUUCACUACGAUCUAUCAAAAUUAUAGUCACAACCACACGAAUGAUGUAACUGUCCAGUUCGACCACGUCUACAGCGGAUGUUACAAGCUUAAAAUCAAUCGUUGUUCCCAUGGAAGAUUCACCUGCGACUCGAACAAAUCUGGGGUGUUCGAGCAGUACCUAGGCUACUUGGAGACAACUAUCCAAGACGUGAACGUCAGGCGAAUGAAUAUGAGCAUCAGUCUACAUCCAAGUCUAGGGGGUGUCGAAGUAGAGUUUGUCGUCAACUACUUGGAAAACCCGCAUCAGAUACUCAAAUUCAACGAAUUUGAGGUGAAAAUUAAGAAUCAAUUCAACCAUGCUGUGCGUAAAAGAAUAGUGAAUAGCAAUGUUGUCAACUUCCUGAACUGUACGGAAACGGACGCCAAUUGUAGCCUCUCGUCUUCAGAGAAUUCAGACAAUAAGUGCUUUUGUUUGCCGAUUGGAAACUACACAGUGGAGAUUGACGUCCUUGACAACCGGUGUAACCACCCGAUACAAACGUGCGCCAGCUAUCGAAAUCCAUGCAAACGACACACAAGGACACCUGUGUUUAUCGAUCUAUCCAAAAGUGAUGACCCCGUUUCUAUGACCGUCACGUCUAACGUCACUUGGAUUUGGACGAAUUUAUUACUAGUGUUGUUGGGCCUCGUCUUUAUAGCCGCACUCGUCUACUUUAAAAGUAGCUGUAUUUUUUACCGAAAACUUUACGGUUCAUCAGAGAUCAAAGCUGAGCAGCAUACCCCUAUACCUUUACAUCAUAGCCCUAUCGUUAACACCAGAGUAUUACUCGUUUACGACACCAACGACGACUCGAUUCAGAAAAAGGCCUCAAUCCUUCGACAGCAAUUGAUCUGCAGCGGCGUUUCUAUCGUCUAUGAUGCUGGCGACCCAGAACAACAAGAAGAUGUCAUCAUCAGGGGAGAAAUCCACUGGUUUAACGGCUACAUCAACGAUCCCGAAGUCCGGAUCAUUGUGAUUCAAUCGACAGGUUUGAAUCGUUGUCACGAGGAAUUGAAUCGAGACCGACAUAACGGUCCACUGCAACAGGAUUUAGACAAAUUGUCAAGUCUAAUGUUCGUUCUCAGUGAACUGAUUGUUCUCGCCGCUUCGAUUCGCGAAAAUGGUCUAUACGGUCGUAUCUUUGUCAUAUCAUACGAUGACCUCAAGUGCAAUUCACCUCGUAAUCUAUUGACGCCUUACAGAUGCUACGAAUUGCCGGAGCAUUACCCAAUGAUGAUGGGCCAAUUGUUCGUUAAUCGCAAUAUUAAAAUGGGAUAAAUUGGGAUGACUUUGCUCACAUUUACCGUAACGAUGCAUCCAUAACGGUUAAGGACCUGAAACAAAAUGACUGUCUCAUAUUAAUCUAUCAAACUGCUCUUACCAGUAACAUUUUUGAAUGCUUGCUGAAUUUGAAUGAAUGCUUUUGUGUCUGAAUGCUGUUCAUUUUUUUUAAAUUUCGUGCUUGUUCAAAAUUGCCAAAUCUCUCAUACUCAAUUUGUUAAUUAAAAUAUUAUAUUAUUACAUCCGUAUACGAUCAAGAAAGCUGAAUGCUGCAAUAAACUCAUUGUAAAAAUUGAAAAACAACAUUUUCUGGAUUGGAGGGGCGGGUUCGAUGAAUUGGACCACGUUCCACCUUAUUGCCAAGGCCAAUUAAAUUCCAACUACCGAGUACUGCUUUCCCUUUUCAUUUUUUGGCUCGUUUCAAAAUUUUGUUUUUACCUAACCUAUCCUCUAAAUUUCCAUUUUGCAGAGUUUCUUGGCCCUACCUUUCACUGAUUCGCACGGAUUUCUCCAGCUCACUUGGUAACUGGCUCGCCUGGACUCGUGUGGUCAUUUGGCCAGGAGAAACUUUCACAUUCUAACAGCUCAUUAACUUUUCUUUUUUGAAUUUCUAACUGGAUGCAAUGAGUCUUUUAUAAACCCUGCUUACAGCACCAACUCCCCCCAUCUCCACCCAUUUCACGUACUAAUGAUAACGUUGACGAGUUAAUCAAUAUGUUAAUUUCAUCGGACUGCUUGAGGACUGGAUUUGCUUUCGUUUUCUGUUUCUCCGUUUUGGGUUUGACGAGUUUUGAAUCGCCGAAAUUGUUCGAUCGAGAAAGCAAGUAACGAAAUUAAAGCUCCAAUACCGAGUAUGAAGAAAGCGCUAGCCAAAUCUUUAAGGUUCAAACGUCGUAAUAUUUUGGAUUUGUUUUUAAUCGAUUCACAAGGUGAUGAGUUCCCGAGAAAAUAUUUCUUGCGCCAAUGUUCGACAAGUCCCGUUUGGCUCUUCUUCCUAAGAAGCAAACCUGAAAAUCCAUAGCCUCUGAUUGGCUUCCCUACGUGGACCCGACACUUUCCAGUCUCUUGAUAAUCCUUGCCAAUGCGGAAUUUUAAAAAAUUCACCGACUAAAUAUGAUUAAGAAAUUCAGUAUUCCUCCCAAACUAAUAAUCAAUUUUGAUAUACAUCAGUGUAGGCACAACACCCCGAUGCAGCUUUUUGAAAACCCGUUUCUUGAUCGGGAAUGAAAUAUUCCGGAUGGCGACGAAAUAUGUCGCCCAUUUUCUUCAACGGCCCGCUAGUGGCGCUCUGCCCCAAAAUGAAAAAGAUGAAUAACUCGGAAUAACUGCGAAAUCUUUGCCAUUGAAAAGGACCGUCAUACCAAAAUCAUCUCGCGACCUAAACCAAAGGUUACAACAAGUUUGCCCGAGUUUGCCAGGACCUGCAGUUCUUCAAAGUCUGUCUCGUGGGCACGUGGUUAUUUGGAGGUGAGAAGAAUUUUGAACGACUUGUCACCUUUCCUAUGGGAAUUUUGAUUGUGCAACCUGAUGUGUGUUUAGAUCCUGUUGAAGGGUUUUUACACCAGAAAUUCUAAAUUUAUUCUGCGGUGCCGCGUCUUCAAUGAAAAUGUUAUUUACGGUGUGUGUGUGUCAACGUGCCAAUCAAGAUUCAACGGACAUGGCCCGGAUCCUUUUUCUUUACUGCACAGCAUCCCGACGCAACUUUUUGAAAAGCAGUUUCUUGAUCAGGAACGAAAUUCUCGGGAUGGCGACGAAACAAGUCGCCCAUUUUCUUCAACUUCCCGGUUGUAGCGCUCUGCACCCAAAUGAAAAUACUAAUGAGGGAAAACUGCAAGAACCAAUGUAAUGAAAAUAAUUGCAAGACCAAGAUCAAUUCGCGGCCGAGUCCGUCAUCAAAUGCAAUGCACAACACCCCGAUGCAGUUUUUUGAAAACCGGUUUCUUGAUCGGGAAUGAAAUAUUCCGGAUGGCGACGAAAUAUGUCGCCCAUUUUCUUCAACGGCCCGCUAGUGGCGCUCUGCCCCAAAAUGAAAAAUAUCAACGAAUGAACAACUGAAAAAAUCUUCGUAGUUGAUAAAAUCCGUCAAACCAAAAUCAAAUCGCGGCCUAAACCGUCGGUUACAACAAGGAUAGCUCAGCACUCACCGCCUGUAUUAUAUGCCAUUGUCUCUUCUCGUGGGCGGUAUGGAUGCGUUCACUUAACUCUGAGAAAACACUGCGAAUGGAAAUCGUAAAUUUAUUCCCGUACAGAUCACAGAACAUUUGUGCUUAGAUCCACAAGGAACAUGUCAAACGGAUAACGUGUCAGCGCUGGAAUAAUACGUGAAGCCAAAUGCAAUAGAGUACAGCUGUUUCAUAUUCUACAUCACGUACAUUGUCAACUCCGAGAUUCCGCAGAUCAAUUGGCAAAUAUUUGAUGAGCGUCAAACCCGUCAGCGGUGGUAUCGGUUCGUAGUUCAUUGCGGGACGCGGAGCAUAUUCUAUAACAUCGAACUCGGUGAUGAACAGCUGAACGCCAGAAUGAUCCAGCAGGGAAAUCUGAUGUUGGCAUAGAUUAUUAAUCCAUCCAACAGAAGCAAAGUUGUGGCACAACAUCCCGACGCAACUUUGCUAAAAGCAGUUUCUUGAUCAGGAACAAAAUUCUCAGGAUGGCGACGAAAUAUGUCACCCAUUUUCUUCAACGGCCCGCUCCUGGCGCUCUGUUCCCAAAUGAAAAAGAUCAACGAAUGAAUAACGGAAAAAUCUUCGCAAUGCGGAAAAUACUAAAAUCAACUCGCGGCCUAAACCGUCGGUUACAGCAAGGUAAGCCAGAACUUCUUGUUCCAUAACUUCGAUAGGAUCUACGGGUGGAAUGCUCGUCUUCCUAGCAGUGAUGUGGGCUGUGAGUGUGCCACUGUAGACGUCGACCAUAACCAAGGCAAACAUGCACCAAACUCCAGCCGUCAAACGGAAUGAAAUUCGUGAUUGCUGGUUUGGUUGCCAAAACACGGACCCUUUUUUAAAUAAUGGAAACAGAAUAGUGCGUGAACACCUCUCGGAGUUCCGACAAUUAAUGGCUAGCGACAAGCUGUAGAAUGGUUUAUACCUUGGUUUGUCAAAAUAGCUGUAGCGUACAAGACAUCAUCACCAAAUAUUAAGCGACCUCGUCUUCCUAACCAAACUCCCUUGGAACGUUUGAUUGUUAGUAUGCGUCGUAUUUCUAGCCAUGAAAUGCGGAGGCCUCUGUUAUUAUCAGGAAUAAAAUGUGUCGAAUAAUCAGUUCAAUUUUCAUCGAAAGAUUCCAUUUACUUAAGGAAAAAGUAAAAUUAUAUAGCUUAAUAUAUACCUCCAGCAUUCCAAAUUUCAAGAGAUGCUGAUGAGAGUUCACAAGCAAUCCAUUUAAUAGGAGAAAUAGAAUUUGAAGCUUCAUAUUUCUGGUUCAGCCUGUGCAUGAAAUUCGGUAGAAACCAGGCCUCCAACUGGAUUUAAAUAUCUUCCUUGAAUCUUAUAUAGGCUAGCCUAGAUUUCUGAUACGAAUCUUUACAGCGCACUAAAAUUUUAAAUUCACUUUUCUGCAAGGAAUCAAUAUAAGUCGAUUGAUGUCCAUCAUUUCUUUUUUAUUUGCUCAGUAAAGGAAGGAAAAUUGUUACUAAAUUGAAUAUGCCAGCAACAGUAGGCCUAUAGACUUCGCUAGACUUUCAGUUUACAUUGCAUAUCGUCAUGGUUACGGUUUGUUUUCAGAUUUGUCUUGACAUCUGUCACGUCCAUUAACAAUAACGAUUUUGUUGAGUUGGGAGACAGGUCAGCCUCCUUUUUGAGCAAAAGAUCGCAAAAGAUAAUCAUCAGUAAUACAUUUUUUUAUAGUCAUACAAUGCGGAGGUCACACCAUCAUGUCGAUGCAGAUGGGAUAGGGAAGUUUUCCUAGGAAGAUAUUUAUACCUCAAGUGUUCCGAAAUUUAGAAAUAAGGGCCGUUGAAGGUGUACUUGCAAUAUGUUUAGGAAAAGAAAAAAAAUGUGAAACAAUAUAAUUUUCCAAAAACAAAAUUACUUUUUGUAUAGCGAUUCCGAGCGAUUCUCAACUAUUGCACUCUAAAAAUGGUUUUUAAUGGAGCAGUUGGACCUGGGGUCUGGAAAUCAAUUUUGUGUCCAAAAGGGCCAAUCAGCGUACAGCCUCUUUAAAAUGUUGUACGCUGAUUGGCCCUAUUGGACACAAAACUGAUUUCCAGACCUGGCAACGCAGGAUGUUCAACUGCUCCAUUGUUGCUAAUCGAACUAUUUUGUUACUAAUCAAUUGCUGUUUUUUUUUUAACAGACUUAAAAUUAUUAUUCAAUCUUUUCCUAAAACUUUAAGAUUAUCAUUGGUAUCAACAUUGAAAUUUAACACUGUACUUGGUGACAUAAAUAGGGUUAUUCCAGAAACAUCUAUUCUUGCUUUACUGAAGAUGUGGGAAAUGUAAUUAAAUUCCAAUUCAACUUCAAUACUGACAAGCUUCAGCCUCAUUAUAUUUGAACCCACCGUAGAAUCCUCCAAGUAGAACAUCUUAUUAAUAAUGUCAUUCAUUUUUAGGGUUGUUUGACCUAGCACGUAUGUUUAACAAAGCAAACAAUUUUCUUCUCCUCACAUUUUCAUGUCAGUCAAUAACCAUAUUUGGCUGAAUUCACGUGAAAAGAAAAACUAAAUACUUGCUUCUUAUUUUUUAUUUACGAUUGAAAUUUUAGCUGGCGCUGCCGUCAUCUAAACUCUAAAAUUACAUUAUUAUUUUUUAAUGACAUAGGCGGGAAAACAUAUGAAUCGCGUGGUCGAUUAUGUAUCGAUUACUUAAUCGAUUCGAUUAUAUUUUGAACACGUUGACCAUGCGUUGACCUUGACCAUUCAAAAGACUGCAAAUUUCAGAACUCAUCACAGAUCACAUUGCAAAACAGUCUUGAAGCCAACAGGUGAUUCCUUGGAAGUUGUCAUUGUUUUUGUAGCUAAUGCUCAAAUCCACAAAUAACAUAAGAAAACAUCACUAACAAUGGAACAAGUUUCCCUGAGACCAAGUUCUGCUAAA